AUGCGACUCGCCAGCACGAACACCCCAACUGACACUCCUCCGCCUGCAGAAGUAUGCCCCGUGUGCAAGUCCACCACCUACAUGAAGCGCAACAUGCGCUUCCUCGUCAACCCGGCAUGCUACCACAAGAUGUGUGAGUCCUGCGUGGACCGCAUCUUCUCCCAUGGCCCCGCACAGUGUCCCAUCAAGGGUUGCAGCGAGACACUGCGCAAGAACCGCUUCCGACAGCAGACCUUCGAGGACAUCAAGGUCGAGAGGGAGGUCGACAUCCGGAAGAAGGUGGCCGCAGUCUUCAACAGGAGAGAGGAUGAGUUUGAAAGCUUACGAGCCUACAACGACUACCUGAACGAGGUCGAGGACAUCACCUUCAACCUGAUCAACAACAUCGAUCUGGAGGAUACCGAGAGGCGAUUCAGAGCAUACGAAGAUCAACACAAGAGCGAGAUCGCCGAGAACGCCAGUCUGGCUCAGCAGGAAAGUAUGUCAUAUUCAGCCUUGCAAAAGGCGGAGCGGGAACAAGCCAAACAGAGGCGAGAAGCAACACGCAGGGAAGAGGCGGAGGAGAAGCGGGAAGCAGCUGCGAACAAGAAGGACAUGCUACGACGACUAGAGAGCGGACAAGAUCCCGAGCAGAUCGCGAGAGAAGGGCAAGGCGUCGCACUGAAGAAGCGCAUGAACCGUCAAGCAGCCGCAGAACGACAAGCAGCACUCCAAGCCGCCGACACAAGGAAUGGUAGCAGCAGUCUGGUCAUCAAGGGCCUCAAGGCGAAAACGAAAGCCGCGCCGGAAGCACCACUCGAUCCCUUUGGCGGCUUGAGCUUCGAGCACCGAUACUAUGCCGUCCAGGACGAGUACGUAUGGGACGUUCUGCGAGACGCAAGAAAGGAGGCUGUAAUCGGAGCUGGAGGCUACGACGUAUCAUCUUUCACGAGUCGUGCGUUGUGUGAAGCGUUCAGCGGACUUGGUGUUAUGAUCGCCGACGAGAAAACAGAGCGGGACAGAAUCACGCAGCAUACAGCGGUCGACACUUUCAAAGCUGAACUCGCUGCCAAAGACGUCAAGAUGGAGGAAGCACCUUGA